ACCCGCCGCCGCCGCCGCCGCCGCCGCCGCCGCCGCCGCCAGCAGCCGGGCCCGAUCACCCGCCGCCCGAUCACCCGCCGCCGUCUGCGCCACCGGCAUGGCGUUCAGGGGCUUCUGCAGCGCCGAUGGCUCCGACCCGCUCUCGGACUGGAAUGUCACGUGGAAUACCAGCAACCCGGACUUCACCAAGUGCUUCCUCGUGUGGGUGCCUUGUUUUUACCUCUGGGCCUGUUUCCCCUUCUACUUCCUCUAUCUCUCCCGACAUGACCGAGGCUACAUUCAGAUGACACCUCUCAACAAAACCAAAACUGCCUUGGGAUUUUUGCUGUGGAUCGUGUGCUGGGCAGACCUCUUCUACUCUUUCUGGGAAAGAAGUCGGGGCAUAUUCCUGGCCCCAGUGUUUCUGGUCAGCCCAACUCUCUUGGGCAUCACCAUGCUGCUUGCUACCUUUUUAAUUCAGCUGGAGAGGAGGAAGGGAGUUCAGUCUUCAGGGAUCAUGCUCACUUUCUGGCUGGUAGCCCUAGUGUGUGCCCUAGCCAUCCUGAGAUCCAAAAUUAUGACAGCCUUAAAAGAGGAUGCCCAGGUGGACCUGUUUCGUAACAUCACUUUCUGCGUCUACUUUUCCCUCUUACUCAUUCAGCUCGUCUUGUCCUGUUUCUCAGAUCGCUCACGCCUGUUCUCGGAAAACCACGACCCUAAUCCCUGCCCAGAGUCCAGCGCUUCCUUCCUGUCGAGGAUCACCUUCUGGUGGAUCACAGGGUUGAUUGUCCGGGGCUACCGCCAGCCCCUGGAGGGCAGUGACCUCUGGUCUUUAAACAAGGAGGACACGUCGGAACAAGUCGUGCCUGUUUUGGUAAAGAAGUGGAAGAAGGAAUGCGCCAAGACUAGGAAGCAGCCGGUGAAGGUCGUGUACUCCUCCAAGGAUCCUGCCCAGCCGAAAGAGAGUUCCAAGGUGGAUGCGAAUGAGGAGGUGGAGGCUUUGAUUGUCAAGUCCCCACAGAAGGAGUGGAACCCCUCUCUGUUUAAGGUGUUAUACAAGACCUUUGGGCCCUACUUCCUCAUGAGCUUCUUCUUUAAGGCCAUCCACGACCUGAUGAUGUUUUCCGGGCCGCAGAUCUUAAAGUUGCUCAUCAAGUUCGUGAACGACACGAAGGCCCCAGACUGGCAGGGCUACUUCUACACCGUGCUGCUGUUUGUCACUGCCUGCCUGCAGACCCUCGUGCUGCACCAGUACUUCCACAUCUGCUUUGUCAGUGGCAUGAGGAUCAAGACCGCUGUCAUUGGGGCUGUCUAUCGGAAGGCCCUGGUGAUCACCAGUUCAGCCAGAAAAUCCUCCACGGUCGGGGAGAUUGUCAACCUCAUGUCUGUGGACGCUCAGAGGUUCGUGGACUUGGCCACAUACAUCAACAUGAUCUGGUCAGCCCCCCUGCAAGUCAUCGUUGCUCUCUACCUCCUGUGGCUGAACCUGGGCCCCUCCGUCCUGGCUGGAGUGGCGGUGAUGGUCCUCAUGGUGCCCGUCAAUGCUGUGAUGGCGAUGAAGACCAAGACGUAUCAGGUGGCCCACAUGAAGAGCAAAGACAAUCGGAUCAAGCUGAUGAACGAAAUUCUCAAUGGGAUCAAAGUGCUAAAGCUUUAUGCCUGGGAGCUGGCAUUCAAGGACAAGGUGCUGGCCAUCAGGCAGGAGGAGCUGAAGGUGCUGAAGAAGUCUGCCUACCUGUCAGCCGUGGGCACCUUCACCUGGGUCUGCACGCCCUUCCUGGUGGCCCUGUGCACGUUUGCCGUCUACGUGACCAUUGACAAGAACAACAUCCUGGAUGCCCAGACAGCCUUCGUGUCUUUGGCCUUGUUCAGCAUCCUCCGGUUUCCCCUGAACAUUCUUCCCAUGGUCAUCAGCAGCAUCGUGCAGGCAAGUGUCUCCCUCAAACGCCUGAGGAUCUUUCUCUCCCAUGAGGAGCUGGAACCUGACAGCAUCGAGCGACGGCCUGUCAAAGACGGCGGGGGCACGAACAGCAUCACCGUGAGGAAUGCCACAUUCACCUGGGCCAGGAGCGACCCACCCACACUGAAUGGCAUCACCUUCUCCAUCCCCGAAGGUGCUUUGGUGGCCGUGGUGGGCCAGGUGGGCUGCGGAAAGUCGUCCCUGCUCUCAGCCCUCUUGGCUGAGAUGGACAAAGUGGAGGGGCACGUGGCUAUCAAGGGCUCCGUGGCCUAUGUGCCACAGCAGGCCUGGAUUCAGAAUGAUUCUCUCCGAGAAAACAUCCUUUUUGGAUGUCAGCUGGAGGAACCAUAUUACAGGUCCGUGAUACAGGCCUGUGCCCUCCUCCCAGACCUGGAAAUCCUGCCCAGCGGGGAUCGGACAGAGAUUGGCGAGAAGGGCGUGAACCUGUCUGGGGGCCAGAAGCAGCGCGUGAGCCUGGCCCGGGCCGUGUACUCCAACGCUGACAUUUACGUCUUCGAUGAUCCCCUCUCAGCAGUGGAUGCCCAUGUGGGAAAACACAUCUUUGAAAAUGUGAUUGGCCCCAAGGGGAUGCUGAAGAACAAGACGCGAAUCUUGGUCACGCAGAGCAUGAGCUACUUGCCGCAGGUGGACGUCAUCAUCGUCAUGAGUGGCGGCAAGAUCUCUGAGAUGGGCUCCUACCAGGAGCUGCUGGCCCGAGACGGCGCCUUCGCCGAGUUCCUGCGUACCUAUGCCAGCACAGAGCAGGAGCAGGACGCAGAGGAGAACGUGACCUUGAGGAACCCUGGGAGCUCAGGAAGGAAGGAGCGCCCAGAAGCAGGGACAGGGAGCUGGUUGGGGAGGACCAGAAAUCAGGUUAUCAAUACUCUGGCUGACCAUCAUCAUCGUGGGACUGACUUUGGUGGAAGUCCUUGGUUAGAUAUCAUUAUUGAAUUUCCGAGAAGUUAUAAAGUUGUCAUUAUCCUCUGGACAGUUUACCUUUGGUUGUCUUUCCUGAAGACUAUCUUCCAGUCUGAAAAGGGACAUGAUGGAUCCACAGAUGUACAGCAGAGAGCCUGGAGGUCCAACCGCCGUAGACAGGAAGGGCUGAGGUCCAUUUGUAUGCACACAAAGAAAAGAGUUUCUUCCUUUCCAGGAAAUAAAAUUGGCCGGAAAGACGUCAUUACUCUAUGGAGACAUGUGAAAACAAAAGUUACGCCUAAAAUCCGUAAGAUGAAGGUGACAGCGAAAAUCAACCAUCAUGACAAAAUCAGUGGAAAGAGGAAGACCGCCAAAAAACAGAAAAUGUUUCAACGUGCGCAAGAGUUGCGGCGGCGGGCAGAGGACUACCACAAACGCAAAAUCCCCCCUUCUGCAAGAAAGCCUCUUUGCAACUGGGUCAGAAUGGCGGCAGCGGAGCAUCGUCAUUCUUCAGGAUUGCCCCACUGGCCCUACCUCACAGCUGAAACUUUAAAAAACAGGAUGGGCCACCAGCCACCUCCUCCAACUCAACAACAUUCUAUAACUGAUAACUCCCUGAGCCUCAAGACACGUGCCGAAUGUCUGGUCUAUCCCCUUCCACCCUCAGCGGAUGAUAAUCUCACGACGCCUCCCGAGUGUUUCCUCACUCCUCUUCCACCCUCAGCUCCACCCUCAGCGGAUGAUAAUCUCAAGACACCUCCCUUAGCUACUCAGGAGGCUGAGGCAGAAAAACCACCCAAACCCGAGAGAGAGAGGGCCGCUGACGUGGAACCACCACCGAAACCCGAGAGGCGGAGGGCCGCUGACGUGCAACCAUCACGGAAACCCGAGAGGCGGAGGACCACUGACGUGCAACCAUCACGGAAACCCGAGAGGCGGAGGGCCGCAGUGGAUAAGACACCUGCCGAGUUUCUGGUCUAUCCCCUUCCACCCUCAGCGGAUGAUAAUCUCGAAACGCCUCUCGAGUGUCUCCUCGCUCCUCUUCCACCCUCACGUCUAUCCCCAGCUCCACCCUCAGCGGAUGAUAAGACACCUGCCGAGUUUCUGGUCUAUCCCCUUCCACCCUCAGCGGAUGAUAAUCUCGAAACGCCUCUCGAGUGUCUCCUCACUCCUCUUCCACCCUCACCUCCACCCUCAGCUCCACCCUCAGCAGAUGAUAAUCUCAAGACACCUCCCUUAGCUACUCAGGAGGCUGAGGCAGAAAAACCACCCAAACCCGAGAGACAGAGGGCCGCUGAUGUGGAACCACCACCGAAACCCGAGAGGCGGAGGGCCGCUGACGUGCAACCAUCACGGAAACCCGAGAGGCGGAGGGCGGCUGACGUGCAACCAUCACGGAAACCCGAGAGGCGGAGGACCACUGACGUGCAACCAUCACGGAAACCCGAGAGGCGGAGGGCCGCAGUGGAUAAGACACCUGCCGAGUUUCUGGUCUAUCCCCUUCCACCCUCAGCGGAUGAUAAUCUCGAAAUGCCUCUCGAGUGUCUCCUCACUCCUCUUCCACCCUCACCUCCACCCUCAGCUCCACCCUCAGCGGAUGAUAAUCUCAAGACACCUCCCUUAGCUACUCAGGAGGCUGAGGCAGAAAAACCACCCAAACCCGAGAGACAGAGGGCCGCUGACGUGGAACCACCACCGAAACCCGAGAGGCGGAGGGCCGCUGACGUGCAACCAUCACGGAAACCCGAGAGGCGGAGGGCCGCAGUGGAUAAGACACCUGCCGAGUUUCUGGUCUAUCCCCUUCCACCCUCAGCGGAUGAUAAUCUCGAAAUGCCUCUCGAGUGUCUCCUCACUCCUCUUCCACCCUCACCUCCACCCUCAGCGGAUGAUAAUCUCAAGACACCUCCCUUAGCUACUCAGGAGGCUGAGGCAGAAAAACCACCCAAACCCGAGAGACAGAGGGCCGCUGACGUGGAACCACCACCGAAACCCGAGAGGCGGAGGGCCGCUGACGUGCAACCAUCAUGGAAACCCGAGAGGCGGAGGACCACUGACGUGCAACCAUCACGGAAACCCGAGAGGCGGAGGGCCGCAGUGGAUAAGACACCUGCCGAGUUUCUGGUCUAUCCCCUUCCACCCUCAGCGGAUGAUAAUCUCGAAAUGCCUCUCGAGUGUCUCCUCACUCCUCUUCCACCCUCACCUCCACCCUCAGCUCCACCCUCAGCGGAUGAUAAUCUCAAGACACCUCCCUUAGCUACUCAGGAGGCUGAGGCAGAAAAACCACCCAAACCCGAGAGACAGAGGGCCGCUGACGUGGAACCACCACCGAAACCCGAGAGGCGGAGGGCCGCUGACGUGCAACCAUCACGGAAACCCGAGAGGCGGAGGGCCGCAGUGGAUAAGACACCUGCCGAGUUUCUGGUCUAUCCCCUUCCACCCUCAGCGGAUGAUAAUCUCGAAAUGCCUCUCGAGUGUCUCCUCACUCCUCUUCCACCCUCACCUCCACCCUCAGCGGAUGAUAAUCUCAAGACACCUCCCUUAGCUACUCAGGAGGCUGAGGCAGAAAAACCACCCAAACCCGAGAGACAGAGGGCCGCUGACGUGGAACCACCACCGAAACCCGAGAGGCGGAGGGCCGCUGACGUGCAACCAUCAUGGAAACCCGAGAGGCGGAGGACCACUGACGUGCAACCAUCACGGAAACCCGAGAGGCGGAGGGCCGCAGUGGAUAAGACACCUGCCGAGUUUCUGGUCUAUCCCCUUCCACCCUCAGCGGAUGAUAAUCUCGAAAUGCCUCUCGAGUGUCUCCUCACUCCUCUUCCACCCUCACCUCCACCCUCAGCUCCACCCUCAGCGGAUGAUAAUCUCAAGACACCUCCCUUAGCUACUCAGGAGGCUGAGGCAGAAAAACCACCCAAACCCGAGAAACAGAGGGCCGCUGACGUGGAACCACCACCGAAACCCGAGAGGCGGAGGGCCGCUGACGUGCAACCAUCACGGAAACCCGAGAGGCGGAGGGCCGCUGACGUGCAACCAUCACGGAAACCCGAGAGGUGGAGGACCACUGACGUGCAACCAUCACGGAAACCCGAGAGGCGGAGGGCCGCAGUGGAUAAGACACCUGCCGAGUUUCUGGUCUAUCCCCUUCCACCCUCAGCGGAUGAUAAUCUCGAAAUGCCUCUCGAGUGUCUCCUCACUCCUCUUCCACCCUCACCUCCACCCUCAGCGGAUGAUAAUCUCAAGACACCUCCCUUAGCUACUCAGGAGGCUGAGGCAGAAAAACCACCCAAACCCGAGAGACAGAGGGCCGCUGACGUGGAACCACCACCGAAACCCGAGAGGCGGAGGGCCGCUGACGUGCAACCAUCAUGGAAACCCGAGAGGCGGAGGACCACUGACGUGCAACCAUCACGGAAACCCGAGAGGCGGAGGGCCGCAGUGGAUAAGACACCUGCCGAGUUUCUGGUCUAUCCCCUUCCACCCUCAGCGGAUGAUAAUCUCGAAAUGCCUCUCGAGUGUCUCCUCACUCCUCUUCCACCCUCACCUCCACCCUCAGCUCCACCCUCAGCGGAUGAUAAUCUCAAGACACCUCCCUUAGCUACUCAGGAGGCUGAGGCAGAAAAACCACCCAAACCCGAGAGACAGAGGGCCGCUGACGUGGAACCACCACCGAAACCCGAGAGGCGGAGGGCCGCUGACGUGCAACCAUCACGGAAACCCGAGAGGCGGAGGGCCGCUGACGUGCAACCAUCAUGGAAACCCGAGAGGCGGAGGACCACUGACGUGCAACCAUCACGGAAACCCGAGAGGCGGAGGGCCGCAGUGGAUAAGACACCUGCCGAGUUUCUGGUCUAUCCACUUCCACCCUCAGCGGAUGAUAAUCUCGAAACGCCUCUCGAGUGUCUCCUCGCUCCUCUUCCACCCUCACGUCUAUCCCCAGCUCCACCCUCAGCGGAUGAUAAGACACCUGCCGAGUUUCUGGUCUAUCCCCUUCCACCCUCAGCGGAUGAUAAUCUCGAAACGCCUCUCGAGUGUCUCCUCACUCCUCUUCCACCCUCACCUCCACCCUCAGCUCCACCCUCAGCGGAUGAUAAUCUCAAGACACCUCCCUUAGCUACUCAGGAGGCUGAGGCAGAAAAACCACCCAAACCCGAGAGACAGAGGGCCGCUGACGUGGAACCACCACCGAAACCCGAGAGGCGGAGGGCCGCUGACGUGCAACCAUCACGGAAACCCGAGAGGCGGAGGGCCGCUGACGUGCAACCAUCAUGGAAACCCGAGAGGCGGAGGACCACUGACGUGCAACCAUCACGGAAACCCGAGAGGCGGAGGGCCGCAGUGGAUAAGACACCUGCCGAGUUUCUGGUCUAUCCACUUCCACCCUCAGCGGAUGAUAAUCUCGAAACGCCUCUCGAGUGUCUCCUCGCUCCUCUUCCACCCUCACGUCUAUCCCCAGCUCCACCCUCAGCGGAUGAUAAGACACCUGCCGAGUUUCUGGUCUAUCCCCUUCCACCCUCAGCGGAUGAUAAUCUCGAAACGCCUCUCGAGUGUCUCCUCACUCCUCUUCCACCCUCACCUCCACCCUCAGCUCCACCCUCAGCGGAUGAUAAUCUCAAGACACCUCCCUUAGCUACUCAGGAGGCUGAGGCAGAAAAACCACCCAAACCCGAGAGACAGAGGGCCGCUGACGUGGAACCACCACCGAAACCCGAGAGGCGGAGGGCCGCUGACGUGCAACCAUCACGGAAACCCGAGAGGCGGAGGGCCGCUGACGUGCAACCAUCAUGGAAACCCGAGAGGCGGAGGACCACUGACGUGCAACCAUCACGGAAACCCGAGAGGCGGAGGGCCGCAGUGGAUAAGACACCUGCCGAGUUUCUGGUCUAUCCACUUCCACCCUCAGCGGAUGAUAAUCUCGAAACGCCUCUCGAGUGUCUCCUCGCUCCUCUUCCACCCUCACGUCUAUCCCCAGCUCCACCCUCAGCGGAUGAUAAGACACCUGCCGAGUUUCUGGUCUAUCCCCUUCCACCCUCAGCGGAUGAUAAUCUCGAAACGCCUCUCGAGUGUCUCCUCACUCCUCUUCCACCCUCACCUCCACCCUCAGCUCCACCCUCAGCGGAUGAUAAUCUCAAGACACCUCCCUUAGCUACUCAGGAGGCUGAGGCAGAAAAACCACCCAAACCCGAGAGACAGAGGGCCGCUGACGUGGAACCACCACCGAAACCCGAGAGGCGGAGGGCCACUGACGUGCAACCAUCACGGAAACCCGAGAGGCGGAGGGCCGCUGACGUGCAACCAUCAUGGAAACCCGAGAGGCGGAGGACCACUGACGUGCAACCAUCACGGAAACCCGAGAGGCGGAGGGCCGCAGUGGAUAAGACACCUGCCGAGUUUCUGGUCUAUCCCCUUCCACCCUCAGCGGAUGAUAAUCUCGAAACGCCUCUCGAGUGUCUCCUCACUCCUCUUCCACCCUCACCUCCAUCCUCAGCUCCACCCUCAGCGGAUGAUAAUCUCAAGACACCUCCCUUAGCUACUCAGGAGGCUGAGGCAGGAAAACCACCCAAACCCGAGAGAGAGAGGGCCGCUGACGUGGAACCACCACCGAAACCCGAGAGGCGGAGGGCCGCUGACGUGCAACCAGCACUGAAACCCGAGAGGCGGAGGGCCGCUGACGUGCAACCAUCACGGAAACCCGAGAGGCGGAGGGCCGCAGUGGAUAAGACACCUGCCGAGUUUCUGGUCUAUCCUCUUCCACCCUCAGCGGAUGAUAAUCUCAAAAUGCCUCUCGAGUGUCUCCUUACUCCUCUUCCACCCUCACCUCCAUCCUCAGCUCCACCCUCAGCGGAUGAUAAUCUCAAGACACCUCCCUUAGCUACUCAGGAGGCUGAGGCAGAAAAACCACCGAAACCCGAGAGGCGGAGCGCCGCUGACGCGCAGCCGUCGCUGAAACCCGAGAGGCGGAGCGCCGCUGACGUGCAGCCGUCGCCGAAACCUGAGAGGCGGAGGGCCGCUGACCUGGAAUCACCACCGAAACCCGAGAGGCGGAGGGCCGCUGACCUGGAAUCACCACCGAAACCUGAGAGGCGGAGGGCCGCUGACACGCAACCAUCACCGAAACCCGAGAGGCGGAGGGCCGCUGACCUGGAAUCACCACCGAAACCCGAGAGGCGGAGCGCCGCUGACCUGGAAUCACCACCGAAACCCGAGAGGCGGAGGGCCGCUGACGUGCAACCAUCACUGAAACCCGAGAGGCGGAGCGCCGCUGACGCGCAGCCGUCGCCGAAACCUGAGAGGCGGAGGGCCACUGACCUGGAAUCACCACCGAAACUCGAGAGGCGGAGCGCCGCUGACGCGCAGCCGUCGCCGAAACCUGACAGGCGGAGGGCCACUGACGUGGAAUCACCACCGAAACUCGAGAGGCGGAGCGCCGCUGACGCGCAACCAUCACCGAAACCCGAGAGGCGGAGCGCCGCUGAUGCGCAGCCGUCGCCGAAACCUGAGAGGCGGAGGGCCGCUGACCUGGAAUCACCACCAAAACCCGAGAGGCGGAGGGUCGCUGACCUGGAAUCACCACCGAAACCCGAGAGGCGGAGGGCCGCUGACGCGCAACCAUCACCGAAACCUGAGAGGCGGAGGGCCGCUGACGCGCAACCAUCACCGAAACCCGAGAGGCGGAGCGCCGCUGACGCGCAGCCAUCACCGAAACCCGAGAGGCGGAGGGCCGCUGACGCGCAGCCAUCACCGAAACCCGAGAGGCGGAGCGCCGCUGACGCGCAGCCAUCACCGAAACCCGAGAGGCGGAGCGCCGCUGACGCGGAACCAUCAUCACCCGAACCCAAGAGGCGGAGGGUCGCUGACGAACCGCCAUGCAAACCCCCACGCAAACCCAAGAGGCGGAGGGCCGCUGACAGGGAACGGCCACGCAAACCCCCACGCAAACCCAAGAGGUGGAGCGCCGCUGAGGCGCAGCCGUCGCCGAAACCUGAGAGGCGGAGCGCCACUGACGCGGAACCUCCACGCAAGCCCAAGAGGCGGAGGGCCGCUGACCGGAAACCAUCAUCACCCGAACCCAAGAGGCGGAGGGUCGCUGACGUGGAACCGCCACACAAACCCAAGAGGCGCAGGGUCGCUGACGUGAGACGGCCACGCAAACCCCCACGCAAACCCAAGAGGUGGAGCGCCGCUAAGGCGCAGCCGUCGCCGAAACCCGAGGGGCGGAGCGCCGCUGAGGCGCAGCCGUCGCCGAAACCCGAGGGGCGGAGCGCCGCUGACGCGCAGCCGUCGCCGAAACCCGAGGGGCGGAGCGCCGCUGACGCGCAGCCGUCGCCGAAACCCGAGGGGCGGAGCGCCGCUGAGGCGCAGCCGUCGCCGAAACCCGAGGGGCGGAGCGCCGCUGACGCGCAGCCGUCGCCGAAACCCGAGGGGCGGAGCGCCGCUGACGCGCAGCCGUCGCCGAAACCCGAGGGGCGGAGCGCCGCUGACGCGCAGCCGUCGCCGAAACCCGAGGGGCGGAGCGCCGCUGACGCGCAGGCGUCGCCGAAACCCGAGAGGCGGAGCGCCGCUGACCUGGAAUCACCACCGCAACCCGAGAGGCGGAGCACCGCUGACGCGCAAGCAUCACCGAAAUCCGAGAGGCGGAGCGCCGCUGAGGCGCAGCCGUCGCCGAAACCCGAGAGGCGGAGCGCCGCUGACACGCAGCCAUCACUGAAACCUGAGAGGCGGAGCGUCGCUGACACGCAGCCAUCACCGAAACCCGAGAGGCGGAGCGUCGCUGACACGCAGCCAUCACCGAAACCUGAGAGGCGGAGCGUCGCUGACACGCAGCCAUCACCGAAACCCGAGAGGCGGAGCGUCGCUGACCUGGAAUCACCACCGAAACCCGAGAGGCGGAGCGCCGCUGAGGCGCAGCCGUCACCGAAACCCGAGAGGCGGAGCGCCGCUGACACGCAGCCAUCACCGAAACCUGAGAGGCGGAGCGUCGCUGACACGCAGCCAUCACCGAAACCUGAGAGGCGGAGCGUCGCUGACCUGGAAUCACCACCGAAACCCGAGAGGCGGAGCGCCGCUGACCUGGAAUCACCACCGAAACCCGAGAGGCGGAGCGCCGCUGAGGCGCAGCCGUCGCCGAAACCCGAGAGGCGGAGCGCCGCUGACACGCAGCCAUCAUCGAAACCCGAGAGGCGGAGCGUCGCUGACACGCAGCCAUCACCGAAACCCGAGAGGCGGAGCGCCGCUGACACGCAGCCAUCACCGAAACCUGAGAGGCGGAGCGUCGCUGACACGCAGCCAUCACCGAAACCUGAGAGGCGGAGCGUCGCUGACACGCAGCCAUCACUGAAACCCGAGAGGCGGAGCGUCGCUGACCUGGAAUCACCACCGAAACCCGAGAGGCGGAGCGCCGCUGAGGCGCAGCCGUCGCCGAAACCCGAGAGGCGGAGCGCCGCUGACACGCAGCCAUCACCGAAACCUGAGAGGCGGAGCGUCGCUGACACGCAGCCAUCACCGAAACCUGAGAGGCGGAGCGUCGCUGACCUGGAAUCACCACCGAAACCCGAGAGGCGGAGCGCCGCUGAGGCGCAGCUGUCGCCGAAACCCGAGAGGCGGAGCGCCGCUGACUCGCAGCCGUCGCCGAAACCCAAGAGGCGGAGCGCCGCUGACACGCAGCCAUCAUCGAAACCCGAGAGGCGGAGCGCCGCUGACGCGCAGCUGUCGCCGAAACCCGAGAGGCAGAGCGCCGCUGAUGCGCAGCCGUCGCCGAAACCCGAGAGGCGGAGCGCCGCUGCUGACACGCAGCCGUCGCCGAAACCCGAGAGGCGGAGCGCCGCUGACGCGCAGCCGUCGCCGAAACCCGAGAGGCGGAGUGCCGCUGAACUGGAAUCACCACCGGAACCCGAGAGGCGGAGCGCCGCUGACGCGCAGCCGUCGCCGAAACCCGAGAGGCGGAGCGCCGCUGACGCGCAGCCGUCGCCGAAACCCGAGAGGCGGAGCGCCGCUGAUGCGCAGCCGUCGCCGAAACCCGAGAGGCGGAGCGCCGCUGACGCGGAACCGCCUCGCAAACGCAAGAGGCGGAGGGCAGCGGACAUUGAACUAUCAUCACCCGAACCCAAGAGGCGGAGGAUCGGUGACGUGGAACGGCCACGCAAACCCAAGAGGCCGAGGGCCGCCGACGUGGAACCAUCAUUACCCGAACCCAAGAGGCGGAGGGUCGGUGACGUGGAACUGCCACGCAAACGCAAGAGGCCGCAGGCCGCCGACGUGGAACCAUCAUUACCCGAACCCAAGAGGCGGAGGUUGAAUUAGGUGAGAACAGGCCAUUGCACUCAAGCCUGAGCAAUAAGAAUAAAACUGAGUAGAACAAAAUAAAAAAAUCAAAAAACAAAACAAAACCCACACUCCAAAAACAAAGAAUAAAUAAAUAAUAUAAAAAUAAAAUAAAUACUGCAGUCCUUA